UUCUCUCUCUCAAUGUUCUCUGAGUUAUGUUUUUUACGCCUUUUGAUUCUUUGGGUAUAUUCUUUAGCUUUGAUUCUCUAUGUAACAGGAAAUAAAGGGGGGAAAAAAAAAAAUUCUUCGCUUCAUUUUUUCAUAAUUCUUCUUCGAAGUUCCGACAGUUUCUUUUGGGAGUUUCUCUCUGAGCAUGUCACUUCACUUGUUUACGAGGAGAUAUGUUUCUUCCUCAUGAACGCUGAUGGGGGUUUGUGAAUGGUUGUUGAAACUGGUAUGUCUUUUUAAUAAAGAUACUGAAGAUGAUGGCGGGAUGAUAUGUUAUUGACACAACUCUGCAUUUAAAUGGAAACAUAUUCUAGACUCUGUUGAUUUCUUGAAUAUAAUAUGGACUAGAUGGAAUAAACUACCUAGAAGGCUGUGGUUGUUGGUUUGGCGUGUGCUAAAUUCUUUAUAGGCAUUUGGAGAACCUCUUUGGAUUGGCAUAAUCUAGUGAAGGCACAAUGUUAAGCAGCAGCUAUCUGCUGUGACUUCUGAACAGUAAUUUUCUAUAACUUAAAAAGAGUAUUUAUAGAUUAUUCCCUCAAUAUAUAAAGUAGUGGAGAUGUUAACUUUAUCUCAAGGACAGAAGCAGAACCCCCAAAAAUCCAUGCGAAAAAUCUUACCUAGUGGGUCAAAUAAAGAUUUGUGGCUUGCCGUGCGAGAAGGGUCCUUGGCUGAUGUAGAUUCAGCAUUGGCACUUUUGAAGAAGAAUGGAGGUAAUAUCAAUUCAAGGAACAGUUUUGGCUUGACUCCCCUUCACAUUGCAACUUGGAGAAACCACAUUCCUAUUAUUCGGAGGCUUCUAGAGGCUGGUGCUGAUCCUGAUGCUAGGGAUGGAGAAUCAGGAUGGAGUAGCCUUCACAGGGCUCUGCAUUUUGGUCAUCUUGCUGUAGCAAGUGUCCUCCUUCAGUCUGGUGCUUUAAUUACAUUGGAAGAUUCAAAAUGUAGAACACCUGUAGAUCUUCUAUCUGGACCUGUGUUGCAGGUUUUUGGAAGUGGGCAUGAUUCAGUAGCUACUGAGGUUUUUAGCUGGGGAAGUGGUGUAAACUAUCAACUUGGAACAGGAAAUGCUCACAUACAAAAGUUACCAUGCAAACUUGAUUCAUUUCAUGGUUCGAUAAUCAAGUUAGUUUCUGCUUCUAAGUUCCAUAGUGUAGCUGUUACUGCUCGAGGAAAAGUGUACACCUGGGGUUUUGGAAGGGGGGGCCGUCUGGGGCACCCUGACUUUGACAUCCAUAGCGGUCAAGCUGCAGUUAUCACUCCCCGCCAAGUGACUUCUGGUUUGGGGGCUCGUCGGGUGAAAGCAAUUGCUGCAGCUAAACAUCACACUGUAAUUGCUACUGAGGGUGGGGAAGUGUUCACUUGGGGAUCUAAUAGAGAGGGUCAGCUGGGCUAUACGUCUGUGGAUACCCAACCAACACCACGUAGAGUAAGUUCACUUAGAUCAAGGAUAGUUGCUGUUGCAGCUGCAAAUAAGCAUACUGCUGUUGUCUCUAAGUCUGGUGAAGUUUUCACAUGGGGCUGCAACAGAGAGGGUCAACUUGGUUAUGGCACCUCUAAUUCAGCAUCAAAUUACACACCAAGAAUAGUUGAGUACUUGAAAGGCAAGGUCUUUAUAGGUGUUGCGACUGCAAAAUAUCACACGAUUGUGUUGGGAGCUGACGGAGAGGUAUAUACUUGGGGUCAUCGACUUGUUACACCUAAACGUGUUGUCAUUGCUAGAAAUCUCAAAAAGAGUGGAAGCACCCCUAUGAAAUUCCAUCGAAUGGAACGACUUCAUGUGGUUGCAAUAGCUGCUGGGAUGGUGCAUAGCAUGGCUUUGACUGAAGAUGGAGCAUUAUUUUAUUGGGUUUCCUCAGAUCCUGAUCUUAGAUGCCAACAGCUAUAUUCAUUGUGUGAAAAAAAAAUGGUGAGCAUUUCUGCUGGCAAGUAUUGGGCUGCUGCUGCGACCGCUACAGGUGAUGUUUACAUGUGGGAUGGCAAGAAAGGUAAGGACAAACCACCAGUUGCAACCCGGUUACAUGGUGUUAAGAGGGCUACUUCAGUUUCAGUUGGUGAAACUCAUCUUUUGACUAUUGGUUCUCUCUAUCACCCUGUCUAUCCUCCCAAUAUGCCCAUAAGUGAUCAGGCACCGAAGUUGAACAAUGAUGAAGUAGAAGAAUUUGAUGAGGAAUUUAUGUUUAAUGAUUCAGAAUCUAGUAGUAUGAGAUCAUCUGUACAUAAAAAUGUUUCCGAGGAGAAGCCAGUACCAAGCUUAAAGAGUCUUUGUGAGAAAGUGGCAGCAGAGUGUCUAGUGGAGCCACGAAAUGCAAUUCAAUUACUUGAAAUUGCAGAUUCACUUGGGGCUGAGGAUCUGAGGAAGCAUUGCGAGGAUAUUGUUCUUCGUAACUUGGACUAUAUCUUAACAGUCUCAUCGCAAGCUUUUGCAAGUGCGUCACCAGAUGUUCUAGCUAAUCUUGAGAAGUUGCUAGACCUGAGAUCAUCAGAAUCAUGGAGUUACCGUAGGCUCCCCGCUCCUACAGCUACUUUUCCUGUUAUCAUCAAUAGUGAAGAGGAGGAUAGUGAAAUUGAGGUUGUAAGGACCCGUGACAAUUACAAGAAUGAAACCCGAUUGGAAAAUGAGGGAGACAGAUUGGACUCCUUUCUGCAACCUAAAGACGACCCUAAUAAAGGCAUUUCCAAACAAGUUCGAGCUUUAUGGAAGAAGUUGCAGCAGAUUGAUAUGCUUGAAGUGAAGCAGUCGGGUGGAUGCAUCCUUGAUGACCAGCAAAUUGCGAAGCUGCAAACAAGAUCAGCUCUUGAAAAUUCUCUUGCUGAGCUUGGUUUACCAGUUGAAAAAUCGCAGUCGAAAGGAUCAUCUUCAGUGUUGCCAGAUGGAAAAGGAAAUAGAAAGGCUGAGGUUUCAAGAAAGCAGAGGAGGAAGAGCAAACAGAGGGUAGCUCAAGUUGAGACAGUCUCUGGUUUUAGUGCAAGUAACAUAGAACCAUACUCUGUGAAGGACUUUUCUGACAUUGAAAUCCCCCAAGUUCUAACGAAUAAGGAAGAAAAUACUAUGUCUGAGGGAACUAUGGCAGACCAAGCCUCCAAAGAGUCUUCUUUCAUUGUUCAGAAAAAAGACAGUUCAGUCCCAGCAAAAGAUAAGAGUUCGUUACAAACAGCAACCAAGAAGAAGAAUAGGAAAGGUGGACUUUCUAUGUUUUUGAGUGGUGCUCUUGACGACACCCCCAAACAGGUUUUGCCCCCUCCACCAACACCCCGAAGUGAGGGCCCUGCAUGGGGUGGUGCUAAGGUUUCAAAAGGAUCUGCUUCACUUCGUGAAAUUCAGGAUGAGCAGAGCAAAACACAGUUAAACCAGCUAACUGGAAGCAAAAAUCAGGUGGAUGGUCUUUCUGAAGGUAGAAGUGAAGGAAAAAUCCUGCUGAGUUCAUUUUUGCCGUCCAAGCCAAUUCCUAUGGUCUCAGGUCAAGCUUCACAGUCAUCUGAUGUAGAUAGAAGCACACCUCCUUGGGCUGCUUCCGGUACUCCUCCUCAUCUCUCUCGGCCAUCUCUCAGGGACAUCCAGAUACAGCAGCAGGGAAAGCAACAGCAGAGUCUUUCUCACAGUCCAAAAAUGAGAAUGGCUGGGUUUUCAGUAGCUAGCGGUCAAGGUUCGCCAUCUGAUUCCCCUGGGAUGAAUCGCUGGUUCAAACCAGAGGCUGAAGCACCAUCUUCAAUUCGUUCGAUUCAGGUUGAAGAGAGGGCUAUGAAGGACCUCAAACGCUUCUACAGCAGUGUCAAAGUUGUCAAAAACCAGUCAUAACAGUUUGCUUUUUCAGGUGGCACCAAGGCUUGUUUUUUUCCCCUUCCUUUUGGUUAAAUGUAAAUUUGACUGUACAGAUGUUCACCUUGUACAUUUAACCGUUUUCUUAUUUUAGGGUAGUCUCAGCAUCAUCCUUUUUUUCCUAUAUAAUUGAGCUUCUUUACUUUGUGCUCAUUUUUUUUUUCUGAUUUUACCUUUCAUAAUAAUUUUCAUCUCCAAGAUUGAAAGUUCUCAGAUGUUUAGUUCAUAGCCCAUGUACAAUUGGCAAUAAUACACAGUAUCCUGAAUGAGUAAGAAGUUCACAAUCUGUCAUUAUGUUUUGA